GACUUCCGCAAGGGCCUGCUCAAGAAGGGCGUCUGCUAGGGGGACGACGCCUGCUUCGUGGCCCGCCACCGCUCCGCCGACGUGCUGGGGCCAGCAAACAUACUCUGUGACAUCUUACCUUAAAAUAAUGACUUUGAAGGUCUAAAUCUACCAUAAUACCGUAAUGGGACAAUGAGAAUGAGGAGGAUAAGUAGCUGCAGAUGCCAACAGCACGGGCGACAGCAUCUGUCGCCCCUGGAACACAGAGCAGCACCACCAUCGUUCCAGGGGAAGUUGUCACCCCUCCAGAGGUCCCCCCAACCUUUAGGACUGUGUUGAGAAGGCACUUCAUUUCCAACAGGUUUCAGGUUUUCAUCGUUUCUCUUGUUGUUAUGGACGCCAUGCUAGUGCUUGUUGAGCUGAUGUUAGACUUUAAAAUCAUCCAGCCAGACAAAGACAACCAUGCUGGCAAGGUGUUCCAUUGUCUGAGCAUUGCCAUCCUGACCUUCUUCAUGAUAGAAAUUGUAGUAAAAUUAUACGUCUUCCACAAGGAAUUCUUCUCCCACAAGUGUGAGAUCCUGGAUGUUGUUGUUGUAAUUGUCUCUUUUGCCCUGGAUAUUGCCGUUCUGUUCUGUGGGCAUGAAUUUGAUGCCUUUGGCUUAUUGAUCCUUCUCCGACUUUGGCGAGUGGCCAGGAUUAUGAACAGCAUAAUUAUUUCAGUCAAGACACGUUCUGAACGACAACUUUCAAGGCUGAAAAUGAUUAAUUAUGAACUGGCCAUGAAAAUCCAGGAUCUUGAAUUUAGUUGCACUAAGAAGGAACAAGAAAUUGAAAGACUUAACAAACUACUGAGAGAUCAUGGACUUCUCCAGUAGCUGAACCACGCAACAUUUGCCUAACCACAUGGAGAGGAAACAUCUUGUUGGAUGGACUGGCCUUGUGUACAUGUCUGCGAAACACCCUGGGUGUCUCCAGGGUUAUCUCUGGAAAUGAUCUGAAGCCUUCAUUUUACUUGUUCUCAGGUCUGAUUAUGUCCAGAUGUUACAUAGUUCCUCCUAAGAGCUGUCUUUUUAUCUUGAUGUGAAGAGAGUUGCCUUGGUAACAAAUGCUUCAUAAACUCCCUUUUCUUAUAUUCCAAACUCUAAACUUGUUUGAAAAUGAAUGCUAGAGCUGAAUGGGUUUGUAUAAAAUUUAAUUUUGCCAAAUGUAUGCUUUCCAAAUAGUUUCACAUAUAUUUCAGCACUGGAUUCCCUAGUUGUGGACAUUCUGAAAGACAAAAGUAAUAAAAAAAAAUUAUCUUACAGUC